CUCGGAUUCAGCUGCUAUCCCCUCUCAUAUCUCUGUCUCUCUCUCUCUCUCACUCACACACACACACAAAAAAAAAACGUAUAGGAAAAUGAGGGGAGAAGAGGAGAAGCAUAUGAAGGUACCUCUUCUAACACAAGAGGGAGAAGACGGUGCGGUGUUUAAGGAAGUAAAGAAGCAGUUAUGGCUGGCUGGACCUCUCAUAUGUGUCUCCCUUCUUCAAUAUUCUCUGCAACUUGUUUCAAUAAUGUUUGUUGGUCAUCUUGGAGAGUUAUCUCUCUCCGGUGCUUCCAUGGCUACCUCUUUCGCUACAGUCACUGGUUUCAGUUUAUUUAUGGGUUUGGCAAGCGCUUUAGAUACACUAUGUGGGCAAUCUUACGGAGCAAAACAGUACCAUAUGUUAGGCAUAUAUAUGCAGAGAUCAAUGGUUGUCCUUAUGGUAGUCAGCAUUCCUCUAGCAGUCAUCUGGGUGAAUACUGGUUCGAUCCUUAAAGCAGUGGGUCAAGCCCCUGACAUAGCUGAGGAGGCCGAGCUCUAUGCUCGGUUCAUGCUCCCUAGUCUUUUCGCAUAUGGACUCCUCCAAUGCCUUGUUAGAUUCCUUCAAACACAGAACAUUGUGUUCGCAAUGAUGAUGAGUUCUGGGAUUGCCACUGUGAUUCAUGUACUUGUAUGUUGGAUUUUGGUGUUCAAACUCGAGCUCGGAAGCAAAGGGGCGGCGUUGGCCAAUUCGAUCUCGUAUUGGAAUAAUGUGAUUUUAUUGGCACUUUAUGUCAAGUUUUCAUCUUCUUGUGCCAAAACAUGGACUGGCUUCUCUAGAGAAGCUUUUCAUGAUAUCUUUGCUUUUAUUAAGCUAGCAAUACCUUCAGCUGUUAUGGUAUGUUUGGAGAUGUGGUCAUUUGAGAUGAUUGUUCUGCUUUCUGGACUUCUUCCUAAUCCUAAGUUGGAGACAUCAGUGCUUUCCAUAAGCCUUAAUACUGCAGCAGUUAUGUGGAUGAUCCCAUUUGGACUAAGUGGUGCUGUCAGCACGCGGGUCUCAAACGAGUUGGGAGCUGGACAUCCACGCACAGCACGGUUAUCUGUAAUCGUUGUGCUAGUUGUGGUCAUAAUUGUUGGAAUUUUGGUUGGAUCAGUUUUAAUAUUGAUUCGUAAUUUCUGGGGAUACGCGUAUAGUAAUGAGGUUGAGGUCGUGAAAUAUGUAGCAACCAUGAUGCCGAUUCUUGCAGCAUCAAACUUCAUGGAUGGUCUCCAGUGUGUUCUUUCAGGUUCUGUACGAGGAUGUGGUUUCCAGAAGAUUGGCGCAUACAUUAACCUUGGUUCAUACUAUCUUGUUGGCAUCCCUUCCGCUGUUUUACUAGCCUUUGUAUUUCAUGUUGGAGGAAAGGGUUUAUGGUUUGGGAUUAUCGCCGCAUUGAUUGUCCAAGUGAUCUUGUUGUUGAUCGUCACUAUACGUACAAACUGGAAUGUUGAGGCUAUGAAGGCUGGGGAAAGGGUAUACGAGUUUGCAUUACCCAUAGACAUUGUAUCAUAAUGGUAAAAUAUGCAAAAGUUUGGAGUUCGAGGUCCUCAAAUAAAGAAACCAUUUGAAGACAUGAUUACAUACUCAGUAUUCUAAGCUUCUAUAAAAUAUUCAUAUUACAUAAUAACUUAUAACCCUUCUAAGAUGUGUUUGUGGUUACAAGUCUUUUGGGAUUUUUACGGUUGUCUUGUUUCGCCUCAUUAGAAAGAAUUGUGCAGUCAUUACACUUCAUUUUCUAUUUAGUGCAAGUAUGUUUGUUUCCUUUUAA